AUGACAAUGGUAGACUGUAAUGCCCAAACUGCUUUGGACAUCGAAGAGGCGCGUCGAAACGCGAAGCUGAAUGUUCCGGCAAUACGAGCUUUUCUUCAUGGAGGAGAAGAUGCUUGGAAAGCGCAUGAGCGCGUUGAAGCUAUCUUGUCAAAAGAUCCGGUAUUUGACAAGUCGCGAAGGUAUUAUAUGACGAGGAAAGAACUCUACAUAAAGGCUUUGGCAAUGCAGAAACGAAUUGAAGAGCUUCGGGAGAUACAUCACUGGGAUGAAAAGGAUUUGUCCUUUGUACAAUUGGCUCUAGACGAGGGUAUGCCGAUGUACCUGACCAGAAUUGCUUUCGAACCAGUAGUCAUGUCCCAAGGCUCUGAAGAACUCAAAGCCAAGUACGGAGCUCUGAUCAAACAUCGUGCGAUCAUUGGUGCUUAUUUGCAGACUGAGCUUGCGCACGGGACAAACGUCGCACAGCUCGAGACGACAGCAACGUAUCUCCCUGAGGCAGAAGAGUUUGAGAUUCACUCGCCUACCUUGACGAGUACGAAAUGGUGGAUCGGUGCUUUGGGAAAGACGGCAAAUUACGGUGUCGUACAGGCGAGGUUGAUACUCCCUGGUGGUAAGGAUAUGGGCCCACAUUUGUUCUUCAUCCAGCUCAGGUCAUUAGAUACGCAUGAAGUCCUUUCUGGCAUCAAAAUUGGCGACAUAGGUCCGAAAGCAAUGGGAGGACUACCAGGUCUUGACAAUGGAUAUGCACGCUUUGAUCACGUACGAAUACCUCGCUCUCAAAUGUUAUCAAAGUUCGCGCAGGUUACCAAGGAUGGGAAGUACGUUAAACCGCCACAUGCAAAAUUAAGUUAUGGUGGUAUGUUGUAUAUUCGGUCAACUUUGGUGACAGUUGCUGGACGCACGCUUGCGAAAGCUGCAACUAUCUCCUUACGAUAUGCGACUGUCCGACGACAAGGAAACAAAGGCACCGGCGAUCUGGAACGCCAGGUUAUAACAUACCCAUCAGCAUAUGUUCGGCUUCUACCCGUCUUAUCUCGCGCAUAUGUCUACAUACUCCUCGGGCGUAACCUUAUCAACUCCUAUUUGGAACUGUCUGGUCAACUCAGCCGUGGAGAAACGAACUCCUUGCCUGACAUGCACAUCAUCACUAGUGGUCUCAAAGUUUUGACCUCAACUGCAUGUGUGCACGGCAUCGAAGUUGCACGGCGGUCCAUGGGUGGCCAUGGCUAUAGUGCUUACGCCGGCUUGGGCAAAGUCUAUGCUGAAGCCUUGCCUAGCGUCACGUAUGAAGGCGAUAACUUUGUAUUGGACCAACAGGUUGUUCGAGCCGUUAUGAAAGCGUACAACCAGGGUCCUUCGUCAGCGGGUCAAAGCACCUUCGCAUUUCUUCGUCUUCUCGACAAUAAAUACUCUAAAACUAAUAAGGCAAUAUUCGAGACUCUAAAUUGGAAGGACUGGAAAAUGGUAAUAGAAAUCCUCGAAUGGCGAGCUGCACUUGCCGUCGAGACGCAUGCAAAUGCUCUAAAGGCGGGGUCGGUAGAUGGGAGCUGUGAUCAACGAGUGUUGCUAGCUGUCAUGGAUGCUUAUGUUGCCACACAAGUUGGUGAGAUGAUUCGUUCUUUGGAUCGUGCAGGUCUUGGGAGUAGUAAGGUUAUAAUCGAGUCGCUUCUCAGAUUGUAUUUGCUUUCUACCGCUGAAGCAGCUCUAGUCGACCUUUUAUCCUUGGGUGCCGUUCCCGCGCAAUCUGAGGCUGUAGAGAAAGCACCUGUACAAUCUCUUCGCCUAGAAAUUACGCGACUAUGCGCCGAGCUUGUCCCAGAAGCGAUCAGUUUGUCUGAUGCUUUUGGUUUCACGGACUGGGAGUUGGAUAGUGCGCUCGGUGUGUAUGAUGGUCGGGUGUACGAUGCACUUUGGGCAAGGGUACAGACGGAACCGCUCAACCAGUCUGAGAUCACGGAGGGGUAUCAGGAAUUUAUUAAACCGCUUUUCGAGCGCGGUAGAGCACUUGCCAGCCGGGAAACUAAGGCGAAAUUAUAGACGUGUUCAAAUCAUUUUACCAAUUUAUUCCUGAUAUCUUGGAUACCAAAUUCCUAAGAUUUCGUACAAGUACAAGACUGUUUUAUUCUUCGUGGACUACUAUCAAAUUGACUCAA